CACGGUGCCCCGUCCAUGUUUGGCGAAGAAAAAGUUUGUGUUUGCUGUCGACAGUCGUUUCGACAAACUCUAGCCGCCACCAACAACUAACUAGAGCUUAGAGGAAGCAAAACUAAUUUUGCUUCAGUGUUUGUCAUAUCAACGGAACAUUAAUUGUUAUCUAAGAUGACCGUACUUAAUUAUUCAUCAUUAUUACGUUAGCGUUAUCCAAACAAAACUGGCAAAAGACCAGAGCGGGCGGUUCACGUUGAAAUGAACGGCUGAUUGCUCUGUCGUUCAACAGUCGAGUUAACGUUUUUUUUUUCUCCUCCUGGAUGGGCUGUUGUCUUUUUCUCGCUAUUAAUGAAUAGGCUAUUAAUUCCUUGGAGAGUCUCGCAUCCUCCGCUCGCUGAUCUCGCAUGAACCGGGUCGAGGCUCCGCCAGCAGAGCCGGGCUUCAAGAUGGGGAUGCCCCGAGGAGGACGCCUGCUCCUGGGGACGUGCCUUGGCUCGCUCUUCGUACUCGUGCUUUACUUUCAGAGCAUCACCAAGCCAGAACCUGCUGAGAGGACGGAAAGCAGACCAGGGAAAAGCAGGAGAAGUCCACUGCAGACCCUCUACAAUGGAGACCAGAAGCUGGAGCUGUUGGCAGCUCAGAGGUCCCUCCAAGGCCGCAGGGAGCUGUUGGAGCAGGCGUGUCUGAGCCACACAAGGAAGCGCCAAGUGCUUUCACCUGAGGAUCUCAAACACCUCAUUGUGGAUGAUAAACACAGCCUUAUUUACUGCUACGUACCCAAGGUAGCCUGCACCAAUUGGAAGCGUGUCCUUAUGGUCCUCUCCAGUGAUGGCCGCUACAUCAACCCCCUUGCCAUCCCUGCAAACGAGGCUCACGUAGCGGGUAACCUCCGCACACUUUCUGAGUUCACGGUCCCCGAGAUCAAUCAACGCCUUCGUAGCUACCUUAAGUUCAUCUUUGUGCGGGAGCCCUUCGAGCGCCUGGUGUCCGCCUACCGUAACAAGUUCACCCGUAGCUACAACACGGCUUUCCACAAGCGUUACGGAACCAAGAUCAUCAGCCGGAACCGGCCCGAUCCGGAGCCCGAAUCACUGGAGAAGGGAAAUGACGUUUCUUUCCCCGAGUUUGUGCAGUAUCUCGUGGACCCUCGGACCCAACGGGAGGAACCUUUCAACGAGCACUGGGAGCGGGUGCACUCCCUCUGCCACCCCUGUCUGAUCCACUAUGAUGUAGUGGGGAAGUACGAGACUCUGGAGCCAGACGCUCAGGCUGUGCUCAGGUUGGCUGGAGUGGACGGGGCACUUCAAUUUCCAACAUCUGGUAAAAGCACCAGAACUGACGGCAACAUGGCAGCACGCUUCUUCAAGCAUAUCAGUCCUUUCUACCAGAAGAAACUGUUCAACCUGUAUCGAAUGGACUUCCUGCUCUUCAACUACUCCACACCAGUGUACCUCAGGACUCGAUGAGGGGCAGAGAAAAGAGGAUUGACAUCAGUGCCAUGGAUGUGUGAUGGUUUCCUGUUAGUGAUGAUCAUUUUGCACUUUUUGGUUGCCAUGGACAAUUUCCAUGCAUGCGCAGAGUGGUCCAUCACGAGCACUGACUCGUCACUAUGACCCUGCAACAAAAACACCAAAAAUGGUGCCUUUUUUUUUUACAUUUAGCAGUUUGAAAAUGCAGUUGACACAUUACCUGUCUUUACAAACAGAUUCCUUAGGUUCACUUAGAACUCAGUAUUUAUUUUUUAUUCACUUGAUUUUACCAUUUCUCACCUAGAAAUGACUUUGUCAAAUUAAACCAAACUUUCUUAGACUUAGUCUGUUACACGUUGUCGUUGUGUUAGUGUAAAUAUGCCUUACCAACAUCUCUGCCAUGCCUACUACAGUUACAGUCUUCCCUUGUUCUUCUGAGAACUAAUGAGCCAUACAUUAAAGUCACACUUGUGAGGAGCAGGUUCUCCUUUUGCAUCGGUGGUACACAGCUGAAUGUGCUGACUGUGAAACUGAACACAGCAGAUUCAAUCAAAGCACAAAAGCAUAUCUCUGGAUGGCAUUUAUUUAUGUAUGUCAGUGCAUUAAGUAUUUAUUGUUGGUGUGCGAGGAUUUAGUCUCAUGUUUUUGUGAAAAUGAAUUCUAUAUGAAAGUGUUUCUCUUUUUCUUCUUCACAUGGAAAGUUACUUGCUCUGUUGGCUUUUGCACAUAAACUCAUUCCAAAUAUAAAUAUGCUAGACAAUAUCAAAAAAUCUUCACAUCCUACCCUUUAACCUUAGCUCAAAAACCUUUGCCUGGGCUUGUCUUAUUAAACUUGUCACAGCACUCGUUGACAUUAUCUUAAAUGUAUAACCGAGAGUCAUUUCCAGAGAGAAUUUGCAGUCACUUCUUAAUUCCAGUGGAAGCUUGUUGCCAUCCGUCCUCUAUCACUGUCUGUAUUUAGCUCUGGGCAGGUCGGCUGAACAAAUAACCACAUAGCUGUGGUCGGGGCUCGGUCCAGCCCAGCACUACCCCUGGUCAGAGCUCCCCUUGUUAGCGUAAAUGCAGGCACAUGGAGGGGUUAAUCCACCGUCGGGCAUCUCCACUGCAGAGCCUUGUUCAGCAAAUGUGUCGGGAAUUUUAUAAUACAGAGGUUGAUGUAGGAAAAUGUUUAUUAAUGGCCUGUACUGUGAAAGUAUCAGUUUUAAUAAAUGUCUGCAUAGAGGUUUUAAAGGGGACUCCCACAGAUUUUACACAUCAGUCUGUUUACAGGUCUUGGAGUCCUGCCGUAUAUGUGAAAAAGAGCUUUAUAAAGCCUUUUGUGGCUCCAGAGGGGUAGCUGUGAAAUGUCUGAUAGAUUGCACUUGAGCCAGGGUAGGUUGGGACUGAAUACUGAAUACUUUAAGUUAGAAAGAAGUGAGCUAACCAGACCUCUGUAGCUCUCUCCUCUGGUUAAGGUCAAAUGGCUUGAGGCUACUUUAGCCUCUACAACACACGACACGGCCCUGAAUCUCUGACCAGACUCUUGGCAGUUGAGCGGGUAAUGUAGGCCAGGUUUGGACAAAGAAGAAUGCGUGGAAUUAAAAAGACGAUAGCGAUAUAUUCUUUUUUUAAACUGCCGAGUGUAAUUGUAAAUCGGUAGAGUACUCUAUAGGUCCAUUAUUGAAGCUAGGUGUGAAAUCAUCUAAUAGGUUUCCAUAAUUUCAAUUGAAACAGUCAAAUCUACCAGUGCAGAGUAACUUCUGCAACCUAAUUUUGUGGUUUGAGAAUGUCACUUGUUUAUUUUUUUUCAAGUUCCAUGGAACUAACAGGAAACUGUCUAAUCUCAUCUCUUUAUCUCUUUCAUCUCCUAUUUCCUCCAGAUUUCUUUUGUAUAAAAUGUCCUCUUGCUGAAGAACAUUGUCAGAGUGACACGCUUUCUUUGUCUGUAGUAAUGCUUUGAAAAGUGCAAUAUCUGUGUGUGAGUACCUGUAAUGUGCUAAAAAGCUGUCUUUAUAAGUGAUUUCCUCUUUUAUUGAAGCCUUGCAUUUGUCCCAUCAUGCUUUUGCCACAUUUUAUUUCUCUCUUUUCCAUCGAUGCUGCCGUGGAUUACAGGGUUUUCAUUUUAAUGCUCCCCUUUGGAGCAGUCUGUGAUUCAAGCCAUAAUUUGCAAGCAGAUGCGACUUUGCCAAAACCCGAUCACACCCUUCAUGAGGCCGAGCAAAAUACGUUUGACCUUUUCUUUCUUUGCUUGAAAAUACAGAAUACAAAUAACAAGCAGCUGGUUCUUUCAAAGGGAUGAAACGUACAUGCAGCCCAAUCAAAUGCCCAGACGCUGUGAAUAAACACCGCUAGUCAGACAUCUCCAGCCAUUUCUGUAGACCUACCUGUGACCUGGUGAGUCAUUGUGCAAGAGCAAACCGAGCACAAUCUGAAAGAGUCUCUCAUGCACCGGUUUACUUAUGCCACAAAACUGAAUGUGAUAAGUGAAGAUGAUGGCUGGGUACCUUGAAGUUUUUACAAAUACAAUCCCUUAACUGCAGUUCUGAGUGUGUGUGUGGUAUUUUGUUUGUCUUCUCUUAUCACAAAGUUUAGGUAAAU